GACCGGAAGUGAAGUGAUGACGUUACGGAAAGGGGCCGCGUGAGCGUGCCCAUGAGUCUGGCACCGAGAAAGUCACGACAGCGGUGACUUUUACGGAAACGGCCGCUAUGGCGCUGCUGUGUUGCCGGCUCCUCCGACUAGCAGAGCCCGUGUCUGGCGCGUCCCGCCUGCUAUGUCCACCAUUGAUACGGCCGGACAGUUGCCCACCUGUGCAAGCCCUGCGGAACCUCCGGACUGCCACCUGGUGGGAUGAGCACCUGUCGCAGGAGAAUGUAGACUUCCUGAAGCAACAAGUGCCUGAGGAGUACAACCGCCUGACGGCGAGCAAAAUAAACCCCCUGAAAGAUGAGCCCUGGCCGCGGCACGAGUGGGAACCCGGGAGCCGACGGGUAGGUUUAGUGGGUGUGAAGCUGGGCAUGAUGCCCGUGUGGACCAAGGAUGGGGAGAGACACGUGGUGACCAUGCUGCAGGUGCAGGACUGUCAUGUCAUUCAGUACAUUUCCAAAGAAGAAUAUAAAAGCAAGACCGCAGCUCUCGUAGUGGGGGCAAAAAAUGUCUCUCCGUUCUAUAGGACAGAGAAACAGAUGGAGAUGUUUCGGGCGGCCGGCGUCCCCCCCAAGCAGAAACUCUCAGUGUUCAAGGUGACAGACAAUGCGAUUAUCAAGCCAGGGACUCCGCUCUACGCUGCACACUUCCGCCCGGGGCAGUACGUCGAUGUCACAGCCAAGACGAUUGGAAAGGGAUUCCAGGGAGUCAUGAAGAGGUACGGCUUUGGCGGUCAGCCAGCAUCACAUGGGCAGACAAAGACCCAUAGGAGGCCAGGGGCAUCAGGCCCUGGGGGGGAUCCGGCCAAGGUGUUCAAAGGAAAGAAGAUGCCAGGUCAAAUGGGGAACAUUUACAGAACCACCUUUGGCUUAAAGGUGUGGAGAGUCAACACCAAGUACAACAUCCUCUAUGUCCAUGGUUCUGUGCCUGGGCACCGCAACUGCUUGGUCAAGGUAAGAGAUACGAACCUGCCCACACACUGUGAGAAGAAUCAGCAGCCACCAUUUCCCACCUACUUUGCUGAUGGGGACGAGGAGCUCCCGGAGGACCUGUACGAUGAGGACAUGUUCCGGUUUGGGGAUGAGUCCAUCAGCGUGGUGUAGGAACCAUUUUUGCCUUUCUCAGAGGAGGUGACCUUGUGCCUCCCCAUGGAGCUUUGGUGACCCCUUGGGGAAGAAGAUGCUAGGGUUUUUUUAAGGAGUGAUUAAAGCAACAUCCUGAGGGUCAGGUUAGAUUGAGGUAUGGCGCUAAACUGUGUUCUGUUUUUGUGAAGACCUGUGCAACAACACAUCUUCACCAAACCCACGGACUCAAAGCAGGAUCCCCUCAUUCCAUGCUUUUUCCUCAGAAUUUCAUAAUUUUUUUUUUCUAUUUAAGUGUAUUGAUGCCCCUUAGUUGUGGAUUGUGCUGAUUUAUUCAGUAUUUGUGGAAAACAAAUAAAGGCAUCAAAAAUGGAAUAUUAGUAAUUAGUUGUUCAUUAUGUAGAGUCUACCUGGUCAGACUGGUGUUACAGUUUCUUCAUUCUGACUUGUUUUCUGACCCAGUCAAUAAAUGAGAUUUUAUUCUAUACAGGUAAAUAAUAAUAUUAUGCUGUACAUAUCUGACAAAUGUUGGUCUCUGUGGAGAUCAUUCAUUGCAAUGGUAGGGAGAGAGACAGUGGAGGGACAUGGUGGGUCAUCAUGAACACGGUACAGAGCUGGACAGAGCCUUCCGUACAGGCCAGGAGAGGUGGGAUUGAGAUCCAAGAAGAGCAAAACCAACAGCUUCCGGCUGUGUGCUAUUGCCAGGAGGAGCUUCAGAGGAUACAUGCUGAGGCAAGUUUUUCUGUCUACAUGUUGUUUUAUCGUGCAAAUUUUUAAGAAGGUGGAAAUGCAGUGAGAUGGUGAGAUGCACAGCUGAAGGUUGAGGGUAAGUAAAUAGGAAUGUGCUGUGACAGGCGAGAAUCCAUUGGAUCCCCUUAAACUACAGAUUUGUCAUACCCAUUCACACCAGUGUCUGCAGUUGCUGAAUUUCACAUUUGAGACUGCAGCUGCGAUUUGCUUAGAAGCACUGACACCUACAACUUUGUGGCUUUAUAGUAACUCCAGUUCCUUAACUCUUUUUGCUGUAUGAUUUUGGAAGAAACAAACACCAUAUGAAUACAAUCUAUAGCAGGUGUUUCAUACUUGAGAAAAACAAUGUUUUCUGUAGGUCUGAGUUCUAAGAAUUGGCAGCAAGGUAAAAGUACAUCUAAUUCACCCACACUGAAAAAAAGCUAAAUGAAUAUACAGUGUGUUGUGCUUUGUGUCAUGUUAUCAGAUGAUGGUAGACCUUAAAAUGCUGCCUUUCUGAAUGUUGCUUCCGUUUGGCAUUUCCAUUAUUCCGCGUCUGCUUCCUGUCCAUAGGGGGAGCAAUACUGUAUUAGUGUCAUCAGUGAAACCAGAGUACGUGACCAUUCAAACACUUCUCGAAUGCUGCAUCCGUAAGCCUGCGUUGAUCAUUAGGUGCCUGCUGCACAUGUACA